AGCAGCAUCAGGCUGCGCGACUGCCUGGCCUCCCCCCACCCGCCACCCACCCGGAGACCUCUUCCGAGGAGCAGGAGGACGAGGGGGACCACCCGCCCAACCAGGAGGCCAGGAGCAGCAGAGCUGGUGGAGUCCUGGCUCCAUUUCGCUCCCUCCCGCCGGAAGUCAUCCAGUACAUGGAGUCGUACUGGGACCACCUGAAGGGCUCCAGCCACGGGAGGAAGCAGCAGGAGAACCAGCGCUCCAAGCUGGCCAGGAUCCACCACUUCCUCAGUUUCCUGGCAAAUGGCGGGAGGUGGUCCACGACGUGGACGGCGCUGGAAAAUGGGCGCAGGAUCUGAAUGGCCGGAACACCUGCGGAGGGACGGCAAAGCGGUCACCACAAUCAAACUAUACUUUGUAAACAUUAUGGAGUUUAUCGGGUAUUUUAAGGAGACCCCUCAGCCCACCUCCCGGGUUUUCAAGAGCACCCUAGUCGCCGUCCACAGGGCGCUCUCAUCAACCGUCUCCAGCCUGGGGAGACGGGUGGCGAUCCGCCAGAUCCAGGUGAAGAGGGCCAAGCUCAGGCACCUGGUCCCGAAGCAUCACCUCCGCGCUUGCCGGGCCAGGUGCAGGGAGGAGAUCCUUUGCAUCCUUGACAAACUGGAGAAGGACUCCACCUGGGAUCUGAUGAAGUUCUACGCGCUCUUCUCCCUCUACAUCUCCUGUGUCUACGGACACAGGACCGGCGUCCUCCAGAAUAUGACCGUUCAGGAGGUCGUCGAGGCCAGGAGUUUGAGGGAUGAGGAGCAAGACGAGGGCUUCCUCAUCAAUGUGAAGGAACACAAGACCAACCGAGCCUUUGGCUCAGCAAAGGUCUACCUCACCCAGGAGUUCAGGUGGCUCGAGCGGUGGCUCGCCGUCCGCUCCGGGCUUAAGCCCUUGACGGACCUCGUCAUAUUCACAGAGGGAAACAGCUGGUUCAGCAAGCUCAUGUUGCCCAUCCAGAAGGCGUGGUCCAACUUGGGCUUGCCCGGCGCCCCGAUAGUGACGGAUAUAAGAACCUCCAUCGCCACCUACGCAAGGGAUCACCUCCCUCCCGACCAGCGAAUGGUAAUAAGUGGCAUCAUGUGUCAUGUCUCGACCGCCGAAAAAUAUUAUGCGGUGGACCGGUCCUGCAGCCAGCUCGCCGCCAUUCGCAAGACAUUUGACRGCCUGACAGACCCCGGGAAAAGGUGGGGGAAAUCCUCCUCACGCCAAAAGGGAGCGGUGGUGGUGGCAGCAGCCGUGGUCGAGGCUGUUGAUGAGGAGCAUCAGGGGGAGGAGGAGGAAGAGGACUCCCGCCACGGGUCCCAACAAAUAGCUCUGGACCACUAUGAGGAGGAGGUCGAGACAACUUCUCGUAAAAUGACGAAGAAGAGAGCGGUGGAGCAAGAGGAGCAGGAGCUCAAGACUCCAUGAAAGAGAACAAGGAGAGCGGUGGAGCAGGAGGAGGAGCAGGAGCACAAGUCUCCACGAAAGAGAACAAGAGUGGGUUUUCAUCUCUC